AUGUCUUACAACAAGCCCACCAGCCCACCCCCUUCUUACCCAGCUCCCGUCCACGACAACGGCGGCUACCACCCUGGCUCCCCACCUCCCCAGGGCAGUGGUGCUGCCCAGGACUACUACGGAGGCCAGCAGGGUGGCCAACAAUACUAUCCCCAGCAACAGGGCUAUCCCCCUCAGCAGCAGCAGGGUUACUAUCAGCAGCAACCCCAGGGCCAGAUGUACUAUCCUCCGCAGCAGGGUUACCCCCCUCAGCAGCAGCAGCAGCAGCAGCAGGGUUACUAUGCCGGUGACCGUGGUGGUGGCGGUGGAUCCGGUGCUGGUGGUAUCUGUGCUGGUAUUAUGGCGGCACUUGCAUGCUGCUGCUGCUUGGAUAUUCUUUUCUAG